AUGUCUGAACACGAGAUCAUUGAAAACGGCCGAUACCUGGUCCAGUCGUUGCAGGUGCUGCGUGAAUACGCGUCGACCACGGCGACAGCCCCAGGGCAAGAGCUCGACACCACGGCACUCUCUCGGCUGACUGACGUGCUAAGCUUAGCACUGUCCGACAUCGAAAGCAUCCGUGAUAGUAACAGGUCACGCGAAGCCAGCAUAAUCGAGCGGGAGGCCGAGCUCGAAGUCCUGUGCAAGGCGGCCGACGAUCACAAGCUCGAGAUGUCCACAGCUGCCGCUAGCUCCCUGGAGUUGCUCAAUGGUGCUCAAGCCACCGCUCAGAAGCUCGAAGACACGCGCCUGGCGGCUGAGCGAGAUAGGAAUAGCCUCCUGGAUGCGCUCAAGAGUGCCACCGAAAAGGAGCAAAGCCUGCUGCACCGCGAGAACGAACUCACGCGCCGUGAACAGGCCGCUUCCCAGGUGGAAAAGGCUGCAGAUGAGAGUUCAAGACUGGCGGCCGAGGCUUUGGAUAUCAAUUCCCGGCUUGUCACCGAGAACGAGAACAUGCAGUCCCGUCUUAACCAACAGAUGGAAGAAGCCUCCCGAGCCCAGGCAAGGCGUGAAGAGGCAGAAGCCGAGUACAGGCGCUCUCAGGCGGCCUUUGAACAAGACAAGAAAGACCUCGAGGAGGCUCGGGGCCAGCUCGAGCAAGACAAGAAGGCUGCCGCGGAAUCCAGCGCCGCACUUGACGAAGAAAAACGCCGGGUGCAUGCCAUCGAGGAGCAGGCGAACACCCUCAAGGCUGAGGCAGAGAGGGCCUUGCAGGACGCGAGAUCUCAGAAAUCUGCAUCCGAGCAGCUCGAUCGCGAGUCGGCGGCCCGACGUGUCUCGGUGGACCGCGAGAAGCAGCUUGCCGAGGAGGCACAAAAGCAGGCCGCGAGGGACCGCGAGCAGGUCGAGGCCGAGCGUGAUCAGGUAAGCAAAGACCACGAGUCUACCGUGUCUCUUCUCAAGAAGAUUGAGGAUCACUACGCCCACGCGAGCCAGGACCGUGCUGCCACGGUGUCCAUACUCGAGGCUGCCUGGGAGCAGCGGGCACAGGACCGUAAAUCUGGUGCAGCCUUGCUCGACGAGACCAAGGCCGAGAGGGCGAAGGCACAUCAGCACUGUACCGCUGCCGCGUCAUUGCUCCAGAAGGCCAGUGAUCAAAUGGCACGGCUGGAUGAAGACCGUGCCGAGAUUGCAUACUCCGCCGAGUCGGCGAGGGCUGAACAGACGGAAGACCGUGCUGCUAUUGCAUCUGUUCUGCAAGAGGCCAACGACGUCCUCAAGGUGAGUGAAGAGGUAAUCCGGAAACGGAUCCAGGACCUCGAGGAGUCGAGAGAUGCGCUGAGGGGCGAGCUCGGCCGGAAGACCGCGGAGUGCCAGGCCAAGCAGGUGCAGUGUACCAACCUCCGGCGUGACCUGGACGAACGGGAGCUCGCCGUCAGACGAGCAGACGAGAGCGUGGAGAAGGCUGAAGAGCGGGACGAAGAGCUCAAACGCACCGUCCACAGCCUCGAGGCUCAGCUGCAGUCCGCAGAGGCCAAGGCUGAUGCACUUCAGGCCAAGGCUGAUGCACUACAGGACCAGGUCCGCGACCUCAAGUCUCGGCUGCAAACCGCAGGGGACAGGGCUGACACAGUGCAGGGCCAGGCCCUGUCCGAUGCUUACAAGCGUCUCCAGCUCGAGGACGAAAAUAGUGUCAAGGUGGCGGCCGAUAUUGAACAGGUAAAAAGGGAGGUGGAAAACCUCCAGAGGCAAUCGGAUGAAGACUCGGCCAUGCUCAGGGAGAAGCUUUCCAGCGCAGAGCGGGACCUGCAAGACAUGCGUGAGCAGUGCAAACGCCUCAGGACCAACCGAGGAAACAGAGAACUCGAGUCGAGGCAGGGGGACGAUGCCAGACGCGAAAAGGACCGCGAGGACGUCCCUGCCGAGGGAAGCCCCUGGAAGGCAUCACUGCACUGCGUGUUCCAGUACCUGGCGGGUCUCAAGCCGGACCGCUCUGGCAAUUACGGCCCUAACUUCAGGGCCAUUGACGACGAGAGGCUGAUGCGGCCGCUCACAUACUUCUUGGCCAAGGAGGACAAACGAGAUAGAUUCACGGCAUUUCUGGGGGCCGGCUCCAAGCCGGACGGCUGGUACUGCCUUGGGUAA